AUGACGAUGUCCCGCCCAAGGGUAACAAUAACCCGUCUCACGCCUCGACGCGCGCUCGAACCGCGCGAGUCGAUGAACUGCAAGUCUUGUCGGAAGAGGAAGGUCGGUCUAUUCAUCUCCUAUACCUAUGUCGAUGUCGAUGUGGUGCUCACUGCCCAGGUCAAAUGUAACCGGACGAAACCCUGCGAGGCGUACGCCGUCCCUAAGAAACGCGGUCCGAAAACGGAUGUCAUUGAAGCUCUUGCCAAACGGGUUGAUGGGUUAGAGAAGAGGUUGCAUGGGGUCAAUAACAAUCAUUCGGAGCACUCCACCACCGUCACGGAUUCUACCAGGAGAGAGGACGAGUUUCUCCGCAUGAAUCCGCAAUUGAGGCAUUCGGAUCCCCUCGCGCAACAUGCCGAUACCCAUCGAGGCGUUUCUCGGGGGUCUUGGUGGAGUGGAUAUGACCCUUUCUCUUUUUCGGACAUGCAAUUGCAGAGUCCGAGUCCGGGUGCCGCUGUCUUGUCUGACUCCGUGCUUGAUCUGUACUUUGCCCGGUUGCAUGGCAAGCCAUAUUGGAUCCUGGAUGAAGCCGCCGUGAGACAAGGCCAUCGAUUGGGACAGUUGUCUGGCUGUUUGUCUUUGGCCGUGUAUGCUUUGACGAUAAGGUACACGGCGAGUUCUGGGGGUGUCUCUGAGCAGACGCUGCGGAUGGGCUUGGAGUAUGCACUCCAGGCUCGACGGAUGGUGGAUGUGGAUCAUCCCUGUAUUGAAAGUGUCCAGACUCUGUUGUUGCUGUCGCAGGCUUUCCUGGGGUAUGGUCUCGGGAAGAAGGCGUAUAUGACUUUCUCAAACUGCGCUUCGAUGGUCAUCGCCCUGGAUCUAUACCGUGAGUCGCCAGCAGAAAUCCCCCUGGCAGACCGGGAGCUGCGAAGACGUCUCUUCUGGACCUCGUAUAUCACGGACCGGUUCAUGACCUGCGACUCCAACAGACCAUGUCUCCUCGCCGACCACGCCGCCCUCCUGCGUCUCCCUUCAUCAGACAGUUUAACCGGCGGCGGAGACCUUUUCCACGCCAGCGCCAAUACGCAGUCCCAGUCCACAGCUCACCAGAGUGGCAUCAACCCAUGCACGCUUCUGAUAGAUAUAACCCGCAUCCUGGGCAUAGCAACCCGCUACCUAGCAACCGGUGGCGCAAAAGCCGACUCCAACCCCCCCUGGCACGCCCUCUCAACGCUCUCCAAGAUCGGACAGGAACUCGACGCGUGGACCGCAAGCGCGCGGGACACGUGCCUGUUCUCCCCGCUCGGCGCGUUAUUCGGACACCCCGAGAGCACGACGCUACUGCUCAGUAAACUGAUCUACCAUCUCGUGCACUGCUUGCUCUACCGGGCGUUUCUACCGAUGGACCUCGUCGAACUGCGCGGGUCGGGACAGCAUCAGUCGUGGCAGAUCGGGGUGACAAACCUGUGCUUCGUGCAUGCGAACGCGAUUGCGGAGUUGGUGGGCCUUGCCAGCACUGCUGGUGUUGGGUGCAGCGUGGAGUGGCCGGAUUUCGUGGGGCAUUGCCUAUUUGUUGCGGGGACGGUGCAUGUGCAUGGGGUUCUCUAUCAUAAGAGCGACAGCAACGGGGAUAAUGAUGGAGUCUUCUCAUCCAGCGCCGAGUUCCUUGCGAGGGAGAUGGCGGUCCUGUCCUGGCUACGCGGGUUCUGGGCAGGGUUGCGGUGGCAGCAGGAGAUGCUACAGACUAUCUACGCCUGCCAUGCGGAGCUUGUUCGCAGCGGUGGGAAGGGCUCGCGGUCCUCUGCUUUUCCUCUGGAACGCUUUCUGGACCGGUAUCCAGUACGGUUGGAGGGCGAGUAUGUGAGGGUGACGGCGGGGGACGGUCGGAUACCAACAUUCCCAUGCCCAUGCCCACCGGACUCCGGACCGUGCCCGACGUCAGCAUGCGCAUUGACAGCGUCUGCACGGCUGGCAAAUGAAUCGCACGCUAUCGACAGCAGCAGCACUAAUGCCGAUGCUAAUGCCAGCCCGUUGAGCUGCGGUUACCCACCGCAAACUUUAUUCGACAUCCGCGUGGCUGGUCUAACAGCGAAUACGCAUCCUCAUGCUAGUACGCAUCCUCAGUACGCUACAUUCCCGUUCGAAAGUACUAGUCGUGAGGGUAACGGGUCUGGAUCUGGAUCUGCAUUUGCUCCAGCUCCAUCUGAAUCGGCGGAAACGGAGCCGGAUCCCUUUCUUAGUCUGCUGGAGGAGUUGGUGGAGAAUGGGCUGGAGUCUGCACACAGCCCGAUUGGGAAGGUAGGGCUGCUGGAGCCUCUCGCUUAG